AUGCAUAAAAAGUGUGGCUUUGACAAUUUAACUUCCAAGAGAACCCCACUGCCAGAUGCAGGCAUCCUAGGUAUUAAGGGGAGACCCUGGCCUGUUGCGGUCCUGAAGGGCUGUUUUGCCGUGGGAGCGUCCCUGUGUAGGCCGUGCGCCCGGCGCCUCUGGUGCGAGGGCUGUUUUCGCUUUGGACACGAGCCACGUCUUCCUGGGGUGUCCGGGCCUCUGCCACCUUCGCGGGGGCUGUGCUUGGAGUCAGGGGCUCUGCCGGUGCAGGACGUGAGGCGCGACCUCCUCUCUGCUCGGCGGCUCUUGCCACCCUGCCCGGGGUGGGGUCUGCCCCCCGGCCGCGGCGGCUGCAGGCCUGAGGGUGGGCUCAGUCGGGCCCCGCUCCCCUUCGGUGCGCCCCCUGCCCCAGAGCGGGGCUCGCCGCGGCAGUGCGCGCUGCUGCGCCGCCCGGGCGCCCGGCUGCCUCUGCGCCGGCAGCCGCGGGGCGUUCCGAGGGCCCGGCUGGCCGAGCUGGGGUGUGCAGCGCCGCGGGCCGCGGGGCCGGAGCCGUCGGGAGUGAGGGCGGCGGGGAGGCGGCAGCUGCGGGCGCGAAGCUCCCUCGGCCCCGGCGUGCGCAGGCCCGCGCGCGGCGCUCCUCGGGGGUGCAGUCAGGCGUCCCCGCCCCGCUGUCCGUGCCUGCGGUUCCCCCAGCAGCCGAGGGGCCUGUCUCCUCUGCGGAGGACCCCAGGACCCCAGCCUGGGGCUUGCCCCGCUCGCCCCCCCGGGCCAGGGGCCCCGGUGCGAACCUUCUCUGCAUGCCUCGCCCUCCCGGGGCGGAGGUGCCGACCUUACGCCUGUCCUCGGUCCCGCUCAGCUGUGUGGACGUCCUCCCUGCAGCUCUGGUUGUACACGAGUUCCUCUUCCAGUUUCCAGCCAUACCUUCAGAGCAUCAUUUUCCUUUUUGUUAUAAGGUGUCUGGAAAUGUAUGGAAAAGAAACAAUGAGGAAAGAUCCAGUUUUCAGAAUCUCUCCAAGAAGAAGCGAAAAUUAUCCAAAUCCAGAAGAGCCAGAAGAAGAAGAUGAAGAUGUGCAAACUGAACGAGUGAAAACUGCAAGUGCACUCACUACUUCCAGCUUGCAUGAGAAACCAGUAAUAAUGGCAAGCUGUUUACACAAGGAAUAUAAAGAGAAAAAGAAAAGUUGCUUUUCAACAAGAAAGAAGAAAAGAGCCAUUUGGAAUGUUUCCUUCUGUGUUGACAAAGGUGAAGCGUUGGGCUUGCUGGGACACAAUGGAGCUGGGAAAAGUACAUCUAUUAAAAUGAUAACUGGAGACACAAAGCCAACCGCGGGAGUGGUGGUUUUAAAUGGCAGCAGAACACCUCGGAAGCAACAGGAAGAUGAUGUCGUCAGGUGUUUGGGGUACUGUCCCCAGGAGAACUCCUUGUGGCCCCACCUUAUGGUCAAAGAACACCGGGAGUUGUAUUCGGCAGUGAAAGGACUGGGAGAGGAUGCUGCUCUUAGUAUUUCAAGGUUGGUGGACGCACUGAAGCUGCAGGGCUAGCUGAAGCUCCCCGCAAGCCUUUCCGAGGGAGUGAAGAGAAAGCUGUGCUUCGCGCAGAGUGUCCUGGGGAGCCCAGCGGUGGUGCUUCAGGACGAGCCAUCCACAGGGAAGGACCCCGAGGGGCAGCUGCACGUGUGGCUGGCAAUUCGAGCCAUUGUUAAAAACACCGAGAGGGGGACCCUCCUGACCACCCACUACACGGCCGAGGCCGCGGCCGUGUGUGACUGCGUGGCCGUCUUGGUAUCCGGAGGGCUGAGUUGUAUUAGUUCCAUUCAACAUCUGAAAAGCAAGUUUGGUAAAGAUUAUUUACUAGAAGUAAAAGUAAAGGAACUCACCCAGCUCUCUCCUCCUCCCAGGUAUUCCUCCGUGAUGGCAUAUAAAUUACCUGUGGAGACUAUUCACCCUCUAUCUCAGGCCUUUUCCCAAUUAGAGGCAGUGAAACGGACCUUUGACCUGGAAGAAUACAGCCUCUCUCAGGCUACUUUGGAACAGGUGUUCUUAGAACUCUCCAAAGAGCAAUAGCUGGGAAGUUUUGAUGAUGAAGUUGACACAAGAGUUAGAUGGAAACUCCUCCUGCAGGAAGAGCCUUAAGACCCUGAGUCUCCUAAUACUAGAUUUUAGGU